AUGAAGUUCCUCAUCGUCCUGCUGCUGGCCAGCCUGGCCUAUGCCUCUCCCGUCCCUAACGCCGCAGCUGCCCAACUCAAGCACCGCGGUGUACAUCCUGAAAAGGCCCAAGUCUCCAGUGAGGACCUUUUCACAGAGUCAUCCAUCUCCAAAGAAGAGAUUGUUUCCAAAGACGACGCUGCGAUCAAAUCUGUCAAGAAAGUCAUAGAUUCCGGGACUGAACUGCUUCACUCCAUUGCCCAGAAGGUGUUCAAAAAGGUUGACCUCAAAUUAGAAGAGAGUGAAGAACACAUUCCCAAGACCAAGGCUGCAAUCAUCUCAGAGGGAAAACUGGCUGAGUUCGUCGAGCAAAUCAAGAAGGACCUGAAUGAAGCAUUGAAAAAGUUCGCUGACAUCGUGAACAAAUUCCUCCCUCCUAUCCCUAAAGCUGAAAAGCCCUAA